AUGGUGUAUCCUACAGUACCACCGUAUAUGCCCUCCGUCUAUGUAGCCGUUACGGCGCUUUUCACUUAUACAUUUAUGAAAUAUUACCAUGGCAAUAGCGGACCUUACGUCAACUUUGCAGUUGCGAUGCUAAGCAUGUCGAUAUGCCACAUUGACCGUCAGCUAAAGGGAUUUGAAGGGUCAAGCAAACUGGAUUAUUCAGGGGCACUGAUGAUUCUCACAGUCAAGUUUUCGUCUUUCGGGUUCAACGUGAUGGAUGGACGGCUCGGUGCAGUGACGGAUUAUAGCAAGCGCAUGAAGAUUGAUAGAUAUCCCAGUCUGAUCGAGUACUUUGGAUGGCUUUGCUUUUUUGGUGGCUUUCUGGUCGGACCAACGUGUGAAUACAUGGACUACUAUCGAUUUACCAAUUUCUUCUUUCUGUCGCCGGACAAGAAUCUUUCGCCCUACAAGCCUGCUCUCAGAAAAAUCCUACUUGGUGCCUUUACCGCAUGGAUCGUGGUAUAUCUGGGACACUAUUAUAACUAUUUUCGUAUGAUGGAGCCGGAGUUUGCAAGUCUACCUCUAUACAAAAAAGUUAUAGCUUUCGAAAUAGUUGGACGGGUACAACACUGCAAGUACGGCUGUCUCUGGCUUUUGACUGAAGGAAGUUGUGUGCUCUCAGGAUUCGGAUACAACGGAAUCAAGAAGGGAAAACACAACUGGGAUCGACUCUCAAACGUGGACUGGUAUCUGCUUGAAAUGGCACAGUCAUUCAGGGAUUUAUCAAAUGGCUGGAACCUUGGUGCAAAUGUUUGGCUCAAGAAUUAUGUUUAUUUGCGACUUAGCCCUCCCGGAACAAAACCAACUUCGUUUACAUUGGUGGCAACCUACGGCACAUCUUCAAUGUGGCACGGAUUCCAUCCUGGUUACUACGGACUCCUAGUUUCUACUGGUUUGUUUCAAGCGCUGGGCCGCAAUGUGCGUCGUGUCGUAAGGCCGCUCGUCAUGUCGGCCGAAGACCCUUCAAAACCGUUGCCAGUAUGGAAAGCACUCUAUGAUGCGGUGAGCUAUGUUGCAACAAUGCAGUCGAUGGCAUUAUUGAUGGCGCCUUUCGAAUUACUCUAUGUAUCGCGUACUCUAAAAGUUUGGGCCAGCUACUAUUAUAUCCAUGUUUGGGGCUAUGUCAUUACUUGGAUGUCUCUGUUCAUCCUAGGACCAACUUUGCAAAAAAUUCAAAAGCGUCGACAGGAACGAGCAGCCGCAAAUGUCAUGAAUGAGCGUGUAGUAAAGGAGUUAAAGCUUGUACAAAAAACGGUGGAAUAAUACACAAUAUUCCUGCUUCUUCUUGUGCAUCAUAUUUACCCCUAUUGCAGAGUAAUUACCGAGAGCGUGUAUGUGGAUAAAGUGACACAUCCAAACCCAACAUUCGACCUAUCAUAGUUAUGGCAUUCUCUCUUCACCCCCUUUGUUUAUGUAUAAACCUGUCAAU